AUGGAGGUGCAGUCAUCACAAAGUAGUAGUGCACAGAGAGAUGAUGAGAGCCAAAGGCCGCACCAAAGUGAUGAUGAUGAUGAUCAAGGCACCUCAUCAUUCUUGAGGAGUUGUUUCAAUGGCGUCAAUAUAUUAUUAGGUGUAGGGAUAGUGUCUGUCCCUUAUGCACUUUCAGAAGGGGGGUGGCUAUGUCUGAUGAUUUUGGUGUUAGUAGCAUUCUCAUGUUUUUACACUGGGCUACUUAUCCAAAAAUGUAUGGAUUCAUCUCCAAGAACAAACACUACAUAUCCAGAUAUAGCAGAAAGGGCAUUUGGGAAGAGAGGGAGAUGGUUAAUAUCAACAUUCAUGUACCUUGAGCUCUAUUUGGUGGCGGUUGAAUUCCUCAUAUUAGAAGGUGACAAUUUGGAGAAAUUGUUCCCAUAUGCAAAUGUUCACUUGGGGAAGCUGAGAAUUGGGCCCAAACAGGCCUUUGUUUUGCUAGCGGCUUUGGUUGUAUUGCCGACAACUUGGCUGAGGAAUUUGAGGUUGUUGGCUUAUGUUUCGGCUGGUGGGGUGUUGGCUUCUUUGGUUUUGGUUUGCUGCACUUUUUGGAUUGGGGCUAUGGAGGGUGUUGGGUUUCAUGAGAGGGGAGAGGUGUGGGGGUCUUUGAGUGGGGUUAUGAGGGCUUUGAGUUUGUUCAGUUUUUGUUACUCUGGGCAUCCUGUUUUUCCUGAACUUCGGAAUUCUAUGAGGGAUAGGACCCAAUUCUCUAAGGUUCUAAUCGUAAGCUUUGCUAUAAGCACCCUGAGCUAUGGAUCCAUGGCAAUCCUGGGCAACCUGAUGUACGGACACCAUUUGCAGUCGCAGUUAACAUUGAAUCUCCCAACCAACAAAACAACCUCAAAAAUAGCGAUCUACACCACCCUGGCGAAUCCCAUAACCAAGUACGCCAUUGUCGUCGCCCCCAUCGCAACAGCCAUCGAAGACACAAUCCAAGCUUUAUCCCGGCGCCGCCGUAGAUGCAAUAAUAAUAAUGCAGCUGUGACGAUGUUGACGACGAGAACUUGUCUGGUCAUCAGCACCGUCAUUGUUGCGUUAACUGUGCCGUUGUUUGGUCCGCUCAUGGCAUUCGUGGGUGCGUUCUUGAAUGUGGGCUUGUCGUUUCUGUUCCCCUGCGCAUGUUACCUCAAGAUCAACGCAGGUGGUCGGAGAUUUGGGAUGGAGUUUUGUGUUAUUGUCAUGAUUUCGGUUUUGGGAUCCUUGAUUGCAGUUGUAGGGACCUAUAUUUCUGUUAGAGAUAUUAUUGCAGGCAAGAGAUAGAUAGGUUAGUUUUAUAUAGAUAUUAGUGUUACUUUACAAUAUAAUGUAAUACUCUGCAA